UGGUCCAGUUGGACUUUUGCUGCGCGUACGUGCGGGUGCCACUAAAGAAGAGAGCUAAGCUGUGCUGCGUGCGUUUCUUUUGCCGUUUAUUGCCGACGCGCGUGUCAUAAAUACAAAAACACAAAUACACACACACACACACACAUAUAUAUAUACGAGUACUGUAUGUGUAGAAAUUUUUAAAUGUGUACUAUGCAUAAUUUAAUUAACUUGCAUUUCACAGCAGUGCCAAUUAAUGUGUUAUUAUAAUUAUCAUUGCAAUUACAAUUGUUAGUUCAAAGUGAAAGUGCACGCGUUAUGCUGUUCAGUGCCAACAACAAAUAAAUUCAUAAUAACAAUACCAACAAUAACAACAAAAAGAAGCAACAACAAAUCACAAGUUGCAGAUGGAAAGCAACGCAUUUGUUAGCAGCCAUUUGCCAUCACAAGCGCUUGUUGUACUAUCGGAGGCCGCUUCCGGUUUGCAUGAGGCACUGCGUGGCCAACGUCCGUUUCCAGCGAGAUUACCUGACGCCAAAGAUCUACACAACAUGUCACUAGUCGGCAACUAUAGCACCCAAUUCCUGCACAACUUCCAUCCGCACUUGCUCCAGACCCUCAACCAUGGCAUGCUGGCGGCAAAUGGAGCAGCUGCCGCAGCAGCAGCCGCCGGAGCACCGGGCAGUUAUUUUGCCAGCGAGCGGUCGCCGCUGGGGAAGCCGUCGGUGCUGUCGAACUUUUCGCUUCCGUCGGCAUUUUCGCCACCCAAAUACAUUGGCAUAUCUCUAGACCAGAAUCUCUUCAAUGGAAGCGAAUCAUUUCGCACGGAUUCGGCCAGUCCCACGUGCACAUCACAUGAAUCCAUGGAGGGAUCACAGGAUUACGAUGCAGUUGAAAAGGGUGAAAGUCCGCGCAGCAAUAACUCUCAGGAUCCCAGGGAUUUGAGACAUCUGCAUAACGUGAGCAAGGCGCACACGGUCGCCUCAUCCUCGACAGCAUCCAGCAGCUCCUCAUCCUCCUGCUCGACCAGCUCCGCUGUCGCAGCCAUUAGCUCGGCAGCGGCCGUUGCAGCGGCGGCCACGAGCAGCGCCGUCGUCUCCAUGGCCACACAUCUGGCGGCGCAUCAAUCGUCGCCAGCAGCACAUCAUCACGCCCAUACGCACGCCCAGCACUCGCAUCCGCAUUCACAUUCUCAUCAUCACGGCCAUGGUCAUGUGGGUGGUGCCGGUUCAGCCGGUGGAGCGCCACCGCCGCCACCGCCAACACAUGCCCAUCACAUGGCCCACGCUCAUCCCCAUCCAUUGUCGCAUCAUGCCGCCCAUCAUGCGGCACUGGCCAGCCUGAGCAUGGCCGGAUUGCGUGCGGUGCCGGGUGGCUUGAGUCUGGUCAGUGGACUGCAGGCAGCUGCGGCUGGCGGCGCCAUUCCCGAAAUGUGUCCCGUCUGUGGCCUGAAGCUGAGUGCCGAGGAGUGGCACACGCACUUUCUCACCGAACUGGAUCGUCUCUACAAGCUGAGCGCCGGCUUCGAGCGUGCCAAUCUCCAGGCGACCUACAUGUUUGCCCCGCCAUGUCCGGCGCAGGAGAACGCCAUACGCACCAGUCACAAUCGCUGGGAGACCUUUCAACGUAUACGCAAUAAUCGCCAGAAUCGACUUCGACUGAAGGUGCGCAAGCGCAAAUACGGCGAGAUGUACAUGAUGGAGAGUCUCUACUGCAGCAGUUGUCCCAUCUGCAAGCGCAAAUAUGCUCUAGAAACCGGCAAGCUGCCACCAGAGGAGGAUAAUAAAAUGCAGGAAGAGAUCGAAACAGUGGAUGUGGAGAGCUGCAACGAUGAUGUGCCCGACUCGGGCUCUGAGCUAGCUGGCGCCUCAGCUGGUGUGGGUGGCUUGGCAUCCAAUCUGUCAGCUAACAGCAUGCACAAUAGCAAUGCACAGCCGGGCAAAUUGGAUGGCAUACUCUAUCGCACAGCGUGCGUGAUGAAUCAGAAGGACGGGCAUGCCGAUGAGCAGGAUGUGAGCACAAAUGUCACAACGGCCAGCAGCAGCAGCAGCAGUGUCAGCUGGUCGGGUGAAACAACACCGAGCACACCACACACCCAGGCACAUAUCAGUGUGAAAAACGUCAGCGAGCUGUCAUCUACCACACAUCACUACUACAACGCGGACUCCUGCGGCGUGGGCGUCAACGAGCAGAGCAGCAGCAACAAUAACAACAACGGCAGCGGCAGCAACAACAAUGGCAACAAGGAGCUAAUGAUGGACACGGCAUCGUGUCAGAACGAUAGCGACGAGGAUGUGAUUGUCGAUGACGAUGAGACGGUGAAAAUGUCGACCAAGUCCGCGCACAGUUACAAGCGACGUCUGGACGAGAAUGUGGGCAGCAGCAGAAGCCUGGAGAACAUCUCGCCCAGUGAGGAGCGUCCGCGUUCCGAGCCGCAGGUUAGCAGCACUGAACCCGGUACCAUGGACAUCUCCAACAGCAACAACAACAACAACAACAAUACAACAACAGCAACCAAAUAUGUCGAGUCGAUGGAGAACAGCCUGUCGCAGCUGUCGUCGAUGGGCGUGCCGGGAUUAACGCAAUUGGACACAAAGGUGGGAAUAAGUUCGGAUUUAAAACCGGACGAUGAAAACAAAUGUUUCAUUUGUAAGACAGGCAUAAAGGAUCUCAACACAGAUGCGUUUCUGCGCGGUCGCAAUUUCUAUUUCCAUCAGAGCUGUGCCAAUGUCAUGAGCAGUUAUCGCCUCAACAAGGAGCUGCUCAGCCAGGCGCAGGCACAGAGGGAGGCUGCCGCCAAUACGGCAACGCCACGCAGCCUGUCGCCAUCGCCCGCCCAGUCGCCGCAACAGAGCGUUGCCACCCCGGCCAUGGAGUAGAUGCAUUGUGGCGAAAUGAGCAAUCAAAGCGUGAAUUUAUUACAGUUAAUUAAUUCAAAUAUUGUGGUAGCUAAUGAAACGAAUUAAACAAAAAUCAAAUGUUUAAUUGAGCAUGUCAAGCGGUCGCCCCAAAAGUAGGCAACAUUUUUUUCAUCGUUUCGUUUUUCGCAUCGCCUAAAAGCGAGCAACGUUUUUUUAUUUCACCGUUUUUGUUUUUGGUCUGUACAUUUUGCGUACGAAAUUAACAACAACAUUUUUGUUUCCUCGCAUUGAUAUUUAGUGCAAUUUUGUGUUGCCUUUUUCAGCUGUUUCUGAAGCAGCUCUAUUAUCCCAAUUAUUACAAUAAUUUUCUCCCGUUUUAAAU